UUUGUUCCAUCUCUCUCUCUCUUUAAGAAAAUAAAAUCUUAGGGAGAGAGCUUCCGAAUAAAAAAAAAAUAAAACACAAAGAAACAUCCAAAAGUUAUUAUGGCGGAGGGGCAAUCCCCGCAGAACUCACCUCCGUCAUCCACACCUCCAUCUCCUCCCUCCUCCGAACAGCAAUCUCCUCCGUCUCCUGACUCAUCCUCCUCCUCUCCUCCUUCCUCUUCACCACCAGCUACUCCUCCGCCCGAUAACGCUUCCUCUCCUCCACCGCCGGACAAUGCUUCCUCUCCUCCACCACCUUCUUCAGACUCACAAUCUCCACCAUCUCCCCCACAAGGCAACAAUGGUGGAAACAAUGACAACAACAACAACAACAAUGGUGGAAACAAUGACAACAACAAUAACAAUGGUGGAGGAAGCAACAAUGGUAAUAAUAACAACAAUAAUGGCAACAACAACAACAACAAUGGGAAUAACAACAACAACAAUGAUGGCAACAAUGGGAAUAAUAACAACAAUGGUGGAGGAAGCAACAAUAAUAAUUCGCCUUCGCCUCCUUCUAGAAACAACAAUAACUCUCCUUCCCCACCAAGAUCGCUAGCUCCGCCUAGAUCAAGCAGUGGUGGUGGCUCAAACUCGUCACGUAACGAUGGUGUUAACACGGGUGCUAUCAUAGGUAUUGCGGCUGCUGCUGGAUUGCUGCUUCUUGUUAUGAUCUUGUUCUGCGUCUGUUGCUGUCGCAAGAAGAAAAAGAAGCAUCAAAUGCCGUACUACGCAAGCAAUGGCUACGCCACAGGCAAAGGUGGGGGUGAUCAGUACCAACAACAGUAUAGCCAAAAUGGUCAUGUAAUGAAUAUGUCUGGUCAAUAUUCUGGAUCAAACAACGGUAACCACAACUGGAUGAACUCACCACCUCCACCACCACCUGGAAACUGGCAACAAUCUCAACCACCCGUCUCAGGCGGUUUCAACAGCAGCGAGAUCUACUCAGGUCCACACGGUCCGGCUCUACCACCACCUCACCCUUCAGUAGCUCUAGGUUUCAACCAGAGCACAUUCACCUACGACGAGCUAGCUGCAGCAACUCAAGGCUUCUCUAAAGAUAGGCUGUUAGGGCAAGGUGGGUUCGGGUAUGUUUUCAAGGGAAUACUUCCUAACGGGAAAGAGAUCGCUGUGAAGAGUCUUAAAGCAGGAAGUGGACAAGGAGAGCGAGAGUUUCAGGCUGAGGUCGAGAUCAUCAGUCGAGUUCACCAUCGGUUUCUUGUGUCUCUUGUUGGGUAUUGUAUUGCAGGAGAACAGAGGAUGUUGGUUUAUGAGUUCUUACCUAAUGACACACUUGAGAAUCAUCUCCAUGGUAAAAGUGGUACCAUGCUUGAUUGGCCUACAAGGCUCAAGAUUGCUUUGGGAUCAGCUAAAGGACUUGCUUACUUGCAUGAAGAUUGUCAUCCAAGAAUUAUUCAUAGAGACAUCAAAGCUUCAAACAUUCUUCUUGAUGAAACCUUUGAAGCCAAGGUUGCAGACUUCGGUUUAGCAAAGCUAUCUCAGGACAACGUUACACAUGUGUCCACUCGUAUCAUGGGAACUUUCGGGUACUUGGCUCCAGAGUAUGCAUCAAGCGGUAAACUGACAGACAGGUCAGAUGUUUUCUCCUUUGGAGUGAUGCUUCUUGAGCUCAUAACCGGACGUCGACCUGUUGAUCUCACUGGUGAAAUGGAAGACAGCUUGGCUGAUUGGGCAAGACCCUUGUGCUUAAACGCAGCUCAAGACGGAGAUUACAGUGAACUAGUUGAUCCACGUCUCGAGGGCCAAUACGAGCCUUAUGAGAUGGCAAGAAUGGUGGCUUGUGCUGUUGCAGCCAUCAGACACUCAGCUAGACGCAGGCCUAAGAUGAGCCAAAUUGUUCGAGCUCUAGAGGGAGAUGCAUCGCUAGAUGAUCUAAACGAAGGAGCCAAGCCUGGACAGAGUGCACUCUUCGGAAGGGGUUCAAGCUCAGACUAUGACUCGGGGAGUUACAGUGCGGAUAUGAAGAAGUUCAGGAAAGUGGCGUUGGAUAGCCAGGAGUAUGGGAACACGAGCGAGUAUGGGAACACGAGCGAGUAUGGGCUUCACCCAUCUUCCUCGAGCAGCGAGGAGACUCAUAGAGGAGGAGGAGGAGGAGGAGCUAACAACAACAAAACACCUCCUGGCCGAGAGUUUUGAUUUAGCUGUUAGAUUCAAACAAAUCAACCUUGCUGUGCUUUUGUGUUUUGUUUCCUUCUGAAAUCUUUAUAAAUCUUUUAUUUUUCUGGUCAGAUUAUUGACCGUUGAUGUAUUUGUGUUUGUGUCUGUGAAAACAUAUUCAAACAUUUGAUUGAUUAUUUAUAAUUCUAAAUGUCUCUGC